UAUUUCGAAUACUAAAAUAAAUAGAAAUAUAUGAAUCCCUUCUAAAUGUCUGCAUUAUAAAAUUUUCCAAGAGGAGUGCUCUAUUAACGCAUAUAAGAGAAAAAAGAAAAGAGGAAGAAGAAGGAAACCCUAAUCUUUAGUCCUGCUUGUCCCAGCCCAGCCUCUCUCUCUCGUACGAGUCUCUUCAGACGCUGCGUCAAAGCCGCAUUUCUCCCUCUCUCUUGGCGAUUAUUUUCUCAGACGACGAAAGGGAGAGAUGGUUCUGCCAGAAGAUGAAAUUACAAGGCUUUUCAGGGUUAGAAAAACGGUGAUGCAAAUGCUUAAGGAUCGUAAUUAUUUAGUUGGAGAUUUUGAGAUUAACAUGACCAGAGAACAAUUCAGAAACAAGUAUGGUGAGAGCAUGAAAAGGGAAGACCUUACCAUCAGUAAAGCUAAGAGGAACGAUAGUUCUGAUCAGAUUUAUGUGUUUUUCCCAGAGGAACCUAAGGUGGGUGUCAAGACAAUGAAGAGUUACACCAACCGGAUGAAGUCAGAAAAUGUUGUCAGAGCAAUGCUAGUUGUUCAGCAGAAUUUGACCCCUUUUGCUCGCACUUGUAUAAGCGAGAUAUCUUCCAAGUUCCACUUGGAGGUUUUUCAGGAAGCUGAAUUGUUAAUCAAUAUCAAAGAACAUGUUCUUGUUCCUGAGCAUCAGGUCCUCACAAACGAGGAAAAGAAGACAUUAUUGGAGCGGUAUACUGUGAAAGAAACCCAGCUUCCCCGUAUUCAAGUGACUGAUCCAGUGGCUAGAUAUUAUGGACUGAAGCGUGGUCAAGUUGUGAAGAUAAUCCGUCCGAGUGAGACAGCAGGGCGAUAUAUCACCUAUCGAUACGUAGUGUAGUAUUCAGUGCAAUGUCAUAUCCAAAGGGUAGAAAAACUAUGUGAUAGAAAAACUGAAAGGGUUAUUGGCAUUUUUCCCAUUAUAUAUUAGAAUGUAUAUCUUUUUUUUUUUUUUUUUUAAUUUUACUAUAAGUAAUUUGCGUUAUAAAUUCUAAGUUUUACGUCAGGUAGUAGAUAAGUACGUAAGUUAUAUUUUUGACAAUAAAAAUACCUUUCGUUACUAGUGUA